CCUAUUCAGGUCACAUGGCUUGGAAAUGACACCAUCAAAGAGCCGAAUCUUUUCAGGAAUUUGACCAAUAUAGGAAUAUAAAGAUAAGCUGAAGCCAUUGCCAUGCACUUGUGAUAUGCUAACUUGUAUUGUGGCCUCCACUGCUUCGUGGAAAAGGGCUCGACUAAUGUCGACCGCACCACAAUCACCCUCAAUCCGUUGCGUAAACACUCUAGAUCACAUUUAGAUUUGUACUAGGUCUUAAAUCUCCCAUGUGUGCAAUUCGUUGUGCGUGCAAUCAUGCAAAUGUAUCAUUGUCUGUUGCUUCCCCCAUUCCCAACUUCUUUAGUCAUCUCAUAUAUCCAAUGUUUGUUCACAUUGACUAAUGUUUUCUCGGUUUGGAGAUUUCUGAGGAUUUGAGAGGUCAACGCAUUGCUUUCUCUUAGUGUUUUUGUUUGCUCUUUGUCAUUUUGAAGGUCUGCUCAUGUUUGACAGAGAGGGCACAAGAAUAGGUCACUGUCACUUUCAUUGGAAGUUUAGAGAGAUGGAAUGGUGUAGGAGAAAUGGAUGUUUCUCCUAAUUCAUAAUUUCUUACUGUGCUUAUACUCCAAAUUUACAGUCCAUAGUAUUUGUAACUUGUAUUUACUUAACUACAAAUUCAUCAUGCCUAAUGAAUUGUAAGAGGCCAAAAUUUUGGAUUUAUCUUCUUUUGCGCAAUGCGAGUAAUGUGAAUACUUGUCCUUUUUGAUCGCUUGCAGACUGUUUUUGUUUUUGAAGAAAGGCAGACUGUUAUUGUUAUGUGUAUGUAUUGCAGUCCAUCUCUGUCUCUUUGAUUAAUACUGAGGAAAGUUCACUAAUCUCCAUGUCGGUUGAUUACUUAUCAAACUAACUAGGUUGUUAAUACAUGGUUUUGUACUUUGCAGGAGCAGCAAUGUGAUACAGUGGAACAUCAGUUGCAGUUCCUCGGCCUCACUGUGAAGAAACAAUCCCUGCAUAAGUCUCCGACGACGACGACGACGAGGACAAGAGGAAAGAGCGUAAUGAGUCACCGUGACGCAACUCUGUUCAGCUCCGAUGUCGCGAGCCUUGCUGCCCCAAACUUCCUAUUAGAUGGCGUGAUUAACUUUGUGAUGGCGCACAUGACAACCGAGUUGGGUGAUGAGAGCCUUCUCCUGGUGUCGCCAUCCGUGGCUUCUCUGCUGGCGAACUUGCAAGACUAUGAGCCUGAGACUGUCGCUGAUACAGCCCAGGCACUGUUACUGGCAUCUCGCAGGAUGGUGUUAUUCCCGGUGAACAACAGCGAGAGGUUGGACAAGGCCGACGAUGGGUCACACUGGAGUCUUCUUGUGCUGGACAACAUCACCGGCCGCUUCGUCCACCACGACAGUAUGGACGGCGCCAAUCUGCCGGCGGCAACCCGCCUCGCCGACGCGCUCCGGCCACUGCUCCCGGCGCCACCGCAGGGACCGCCCAUCUCAGGCCCGACACCGCAGCAGAGCAAUGGGUACGAUUGCGGCGUCUACCUGUUGGCAGUUGCCCUGGCCAUCUGCCGGUGGUGGAAGAAGCAUCCAAGGACAGAAGAAGCGGCGCCCUGCUGGUUUGAGUCGGUGAUGGAUCAAGUAAGUGCUGAGAGCGUCGCAGCCAUGAGACUCAACUUGGCCCAAAAGAUCAACUUGGAGCUCAUUAAGCAAGGAGACACAACCCCCUCCUCGUCUUGGCCUAGCAGCAGCAGCAGCAGCAGACAGUAAACUGAUUAGAUAGCGCUAUCUCAUUCAUUACACAGUUCCUCUCUGACUUAGCCUUGCUUAAUCUCUUAGAUAGCUGGUUCAGUAAACUGAGCUGAACACUUAGUAACUCCAGUCUCUGUCCCUGUCAGUUUUUAUUGUCUGGCAGAUUGGCAUUGGCAAUCCCUCACCACUUUACUACUAUUUCAGUAAACAUAAGAUGAUUGGAUGUCUGUUGCCUGUUAGUAAACCGCUGGACUGGAGUUGCAGCUUCUGCGGUUUGCUUCUUCAACGGUUGUCCUGGCAAUAAUUCAGUAAUCAAGCGAUGCUUUCAUAAAUUCUUUUUUUUUCUUUUCUACACCCCCUCAUGCUCAUUAUCUGCUUGCUGUAAUGCUGUUGGUGGUCUCAUUUUUGUAAUGUUGUUGGUGGACUCAUUUUUGUUUUAGGUAACAUGCGAAAGGUUCACACGUCUUUGUAUUAAGGAGUAGAACUUGUUUAGUUACAAGAUGCCAAACUGUUCGGACACUUGGCCGACCAAAAUACAAAGAGGAAAAAAAUAUCAUUACAAACAGAUGGCAAAAAAAAGUUUUAUUCAUCAAUGCGAUGCUACACCGAAGAUUCAUCUAUUAUUUAUUAUCAUGCAAACAAUCCAUUUUAGCAAAGUCAAGCUGAAGGAGUGACGUCCUGAAAAUGAUUCCAGGGGAGUAGCAUAUCUUCAAUUUUCCCAACAAAACGCGCCCCAGAAGCAGAUCAGUAUUACCUAACAUAAGCAUCA